UCGAAUUCACUGUUGAUCAUCAGGUGUGCGUCACAUCUUGUUAGAUCAUGAAGCACACUAAGUGUUCGAUAAAAGGCCUCAACCAUUUGCGCGUCAAAGAGGAAGGCCAUGGUUACUGAACAUUCUGAAUAUUAAGAUAGAGCUUGUAGCAGCCAUGGAAACUUGCUCACCUCUCUCAAUUGAAAGUUUUUCAUACAGUUGGUUAGUGAACCUAAAACCCUCAUUAGACAGCCUUGAUAACUCUCUCAGGGCCUCAUUUGAUGCAUCAGAUGAAGCUUCCUUCAUUGAGAUGGACCCAAGAAUGCCUCCUUCAAAGAGAUUUCUUAUUAGAAAUUCUCUGGAUUUGAAAUUUGAUUUCCCCACUUCAUCUCAGUCUCCUCUAACUCUUCUUCAUGCUGAUGAGCUCUUCUGUAAUGGCUAUGUCAUGCCUCUUUUCCUCAAACAACUAAACAUCGACAAUAUCGACGCAGAUGAGGCUUCAGAUGAUUCAAGUACUAUUCCGAAGAUGCCUGAAGAAAAAUCUGCUAUCCGGUCUAGUAAACUUCGGUGUUCCUCGUUGAGAAGAUGUCGAAGAUUAUCGAAGCAAAUGUUUCUGAAAUACUUGGAUUUUAUUAGGCCAUUGUGUCGAAAAAUCCGUGGUCGCAGAUCAAGUUCUAUACCAGAAAAUGUUGACAAAAGAGUGAAGAAGAACCGGGUAUAUUCUGCUGGAACAUCUCCUAGAAUCAGUAUGGCAUACUCUGCUGAUGAUUGGCGCAGGUCUUGUGAUUCAGAUUGCUCAAUUAACGAGGCAGUUCUUCAUUGCAAGAGAUCAAUCGGUAAAUAAGUUAACUAAAGAGGAUGAGAAAAAAAGAGAGGAUAAGAGCUUCACAUGGGGGAAGACAAGGAGAUCAUCAUCAUCAUCCACUCCUUGUUUUUUUUGUCAGUUUCUACAUUUUCUCUGUGAUGAUAAUGUAUCUUUGUCGUUUAAGGAUGCAGGAGCUGAUAAUAUAGUCUCUCCCAUGGAAAUUCUGGCUGUGGAAGAUCAGGAUUUAUUAAGCAUAUAUAGAUUUUGUUUUUCUUCUCAUUAAUUUCUUCCUUUGGCUUUCUCUUUUGUGGGAAGAAGAUCUGAACAAAGAAUCUCUCCCUCAUUUGUGUAAAUUGAUCAAAAUAUUAGUAAAACCAGAAUGACUUUAUCU